UCGGAAGAGACAUGUUUGUUUUCUCUUGUUGGUCAUCCAGUGAAACUUUUUCUGGUAGCUCGUUGGAGAGGUUACCAAGUUCUUUUAUAGCUAGAAAAAGAGCUCCUCUGCUUGUACGACCGAAGCAACAAGUAAGAGUUUUAUCUUUACAAGCUUCAAACCAGUUGGAGAAACUACAGAAGCUCACAGUUAUUGUGGCAGAUACUGGAGACUUUGAGCAAAUAAUAAAGUUCAAGCCUACCGAUGCCACGACCAAUCCCUCACUUAUCUAUCAAGCUUCCCAGUUACCGCAGUAUCAACACUUGGUAGACGACGCCAUAAAAUAUGGAAAAUCAAAAGCCAACAGUGCAGAAAAAAGAGUAGAUCAUAUUCGGGACAAGCUAUUUGUAAACUUUGGAGCAGAAAUUAGCAAGAUUGUUCCGGGUUACGUUUCCACCGAAGUGGAUGCAAGAUUGAGCUUUGACGUAGAAGGAUCUGUGCGACAAGCGGAAAAACUGAUCCAACUUUACGAAGAAAUUGGAGUGCCCAAGAAUCGCAUUCUUAUCAAGCUAGCUUCGACUUGGGAAGGAAUACAAGCAGCCAGUAUUCUUGAAAGGAAAGGAAUUCACUGCAAUAUGACACUCUUAUUCAAUAUUUGUCAAGCAGCAGCUGCAGCAGAGGCCGGAGCUACUCUGAUUUCGCCAUUUGUAGGUCGUAUUCUGGAUUGGUACAAAAAGAACAAAGGCCAGGAAUAUAUUGCCGACAAUGAUCCUGGAGUUGUUUCUGUGAAAGAAAUAUUUUAUUACUAUAAGAAAUUUGGAUAUUCCACCAUAGUGAUGGGUGCCAGCUUUAGAAACAAGGACGAAAUUUUAGCUUUGGCUGGCUGUGAUCGCUUAACUAUAGCACCCAAGUUAUUAAAAGAACUUAUGGAGGCAGACGGAGAAGUAGUUCGCAAGUUGGAUGCGGAUGAGGCAAAGAAGAAGAAUAUAGAGAGAAUUCCUACAGACGAGAAGAGUUUUCGUUGGUUACUGAACCAAGACCCUAUGGCAACUGAGAAACUUGCUGAGGGCAUUCGUAGUUUCGCUCAAGAUAUCGUUUCACUCAACAAACUGCUGGAUAAAGUUUUAGUAUGAACGAAUCUCAUGACAUGAAUAAAGUUGCCUGGAUUUGACGACGGACUUGAUUUCAGGCAUCU